UCGCCUUCCCCAAGCGGCCCGCCCACGCGCACACAGCCGGAGUGGGGAGAGAGAGAGAGAGAGCCGGCGGGCGACACGGCGACACCCGCAGAGUGGCACGACGAUUCCACUCGACGACGCUCCAGGCCGCGCCGGCGCGCCCCACAAUGGCUCUCGCCACCUCCCACCACCAUCACCGCCUCUUCGGCGCCGCCCCCUCCGCCUCCUCCGCCGCUGCGGCCUCCCGCCUGCCGCUGCGGGGGUUCCUCCGCUCCCGAGCCGCCUUCCCUGCUCCGCUCGCGGCCGCGCGGAGAAUAUGUUGCCAAUCUGUCGACUCAGCUAAUGUGUUGGGAGCUUCUUCCACGACAUCUGAUGAGGCAGUUCCAGUGCCACUCGUCAUGAUAGAUCAAGAUUCAGACCGUGAUGCAACCAUCGUGCAGUUGAGUUUUGGAGACCGUCUGGGGGCACUACUUGACACGAUGAAGGCACUCAAGGACCUGGGCCUUGAUGUCACGAAAGGAACUGUGGCAACUGACUCAGCUGUCACACAAACAAAGUUCCACAUCAUGCGAUUCGGGCGCAAAGUUGAGGACCCUGACAUGUUAGAGAGGAUACGGCUAACCAUCAUUAACAACAUUCUGCAAUAUCAUCCUGAAUCAAGUGAGAAGUUAGCAAUGGGUGAAUUUUUUGGAAUAAAACCUCCUGAGAAGAAGGUUGAUAUUGAUAUUGCAACUCAUGUGGUUGUGGAAGAUGAUGGACCAAAAAGAAGCAUGCUUUACAUAGAGACAGCUGAUCGGCCUGGCCUACUUCUGGAAAUAAUGAAGAUCAUUACUGACACAAACGUUGAUGUGGAAUCUGCUGAGAUUGAUACUGAAGGUUUGGUUGUCAAGGACAAGUUUCAUGUGAGUUACAGAGGCGCAAAACUAAACAGCUCCUUAUCUCAGGUGCUGAUUAAUUGUCUGCGCUAUUACCUCCGAAGGCCCGAGACAGAUGAAGACAGCUAUUGAUCGUUAUGGUGCCCAGCCUUCCAAGGACUUCAGAUCAGAAAGCUGUGAACUCUGCCUUGAUUUCCUUUUCCUGUGAAGUGCCUUGUACAAAAUAUGCCUACUCUGUUCCCAAAAUGCUGCCAUAUAGAAGAUGGCAUUGGCUUAUCAAAUCAGUUGGGAUAUUUUUAGAAGCUUCAGGUUUAGGUUUCAGUAGCUGUAUCCCAUUUGAUUCCGAUUGUAAGGGGUAACAGUGGAAGGUCCUCCAUUGUGCAUGUAAAAUACUUGGCUACGAUGUCUUCUGUGAUGAAAUAAAGGAGCAUUGCCAAAUUACGAAGGUCCUUUUUU